CUCGUGUCACGUGGUCAGGUUCAGGGAAACAUCCCGUCAGCCAGACGUCCCUGCGCGCUCCUGACUCUCCUGGCAGGAGCGCGCCCGGUCAGGCUCGUGCCCGUCCCCGUGCGGUGGACUGUGAGCAGCGGCAGCGGCAGAGAGGGGCAGCCCGCCGGAGGCACAGCGACCACCGCGUGACUCGGUGUCUUCCAGCGGCUUUCGCGGACCUAACGGCUGCCUCUGGGUGGACCUUUCUCGGGGACAGAGGUAGGGGGCUCCCGGCCUCACCUGGACGCUGGUUUGGAGGAAGUUUGCCCCUUCAGCUACGCCGAGAAGCGGAACAAUGAGGGAGAGUCAGCCGGGCAGCCGGACCCGAGCUAACGGCUAACAGGGAGCAGCUGGGAGGUGAAAGCGACCAAACUGUCCCGUAACGGAUCCUCCCGACACUUUUUCCGCUUCCUCUCCGCGCGUGGACACUUGGACUCGCCGCUCCGGGACUGUCUCACACUUGUGGAGGGACACUUGAAGCCACAGCAAGUUUUUUUCUCUGGUUUCGGACAUGGAGACGGACUCGCUUCCAGGCGACGUGGAUUCUCUGCGCGGCGGGCUGAGCCUCCUGGAUCCGCUGGUGGACCGGAUCCUGGGGGACGCUGUGUCCCAGCAGCAGGGCUGGCUCCGGGUCUACGAUGUUAAAGGUCCUCCGGCUCACCGAUUCUCCUGCGGUCAGAGCCCGUACACCAACAGCGGCUCCUGGGACAGGAAGUUCUGCAUCCUGACCGACACCCAGCUCAUCCUGCUCAACAAGGAUGAUGAGGUUGCAGGUGACGCUCAGGAGAGCCCCACAGACUCGGCGAAGGCUCGCAGCCUCCGCAGGACGGUCAGCGUCCCCUCAGAGGGACAGUUCCCGGAGUUCCAGGCAGAGGGCGCCACCGCCAUGCUCGAAGUUUCUUCGGAGAGAUCUCCGAGGAGGAGGAGUAUUUCCGGUUUGGGGAGCUCGGAGAAGAGCGUCGCAGUCGACAAUCCAAACACGUCUCCGUUCAAAGUGCCGGGGUUUUUCAGUAAACGUCUUAAAGGCUCCAUCAAGAGGACGAGGAGUCAGACCAAACUGGACAGAAACACCAGCUUCAGACUGCCCUCGAUCCGGCCCGCUGAUGCCGACAGAUCUCGCGUGCUUCCCAAGCUGAAGGAGUCGAGCUCCCAUGAGUCUUUGCUGAGCCCGGGCAGCGCGGUGGAGGCUCUGGACCUGAGCAUGGAGGAGGACGUGUUCAUCAAGCCUCUGCACAGCAGCAUCCUGGGACAGGAGUUCUGCUUCGAGGUGACGUACUCGGGCGGCAGCAAGUGUUUCAGCUGCACGUCGGCCUCAGAGAGAGACAAGUGGAUGGAGAACCUGAGGAGGACGAUUCAGCCCAACAAGGACAACUGCCGGCGCGCCGAGAACCUGCUGCGACUCUGGAUCAUCGAAGCCAAAGACCUGCCGCCUAAGAAGAAAUAUUUCUGCGAGCUGUGUCUGGACGACGUCCUGUACGCCCGGACCACCAGCAAGACCCGCCACGACAGCCUGUUCUGGGGCGAGUACUUUGACUUCUCCAGCCUGCCCGGCGUGCACAGCAUCACCGUGCACAUCUACCGCGACGUGGACAAGAAGAAGAAAAAGGACAAGAACAACUACGUGGGCCUGGUCAACAUCCCGGUGGCGAGCGUGACGGGCCGGCAGUUCGUGGAGAAGUGGUACCCGGUGAGCACGCCCACCACCAGCAAGGGCAAAGGCGGCGGGCCGUCGAUCCGGAUCAAGUCGCGCUUCCAGACCAUCUCCAUCCUGCCCAUGGAGCAGUACAAGGAGUUUGCCGAGUUCGUCACCAACAACUACACCAUGCUGUGCUCGGUCCUCGAGCCCGUCAUCAGCGUGAAGAACAAGGAGGAGAUGGCGUGCGCGCUGGUCCACAUCCUGCAGAGCACGGGCAGGGCAAAGGACUUCCUGACGGACCUGGUGAUGUCAGAGGUGGAUCGAUGCGCCGACCAUGACGUCCUGAUCUUCAGGGAGAACACGCUGGCCACCAAGGCCAUCGAGGAGUAUCUGAAGCUGGUGGGACAGAAAUACCUGCACGACGCGCUCGGCGAGUUCAUUAAAGCUCUGUACGAGUCGGACGAGAACUGCGAGGUGGACCCGAGCCGAUGCUCCACCGGCGACCUGGCCGAACAUCAGAGCAACCUGAAGAUGUGCUGCGAGCUGGCCUUCUGCAAGAUCAUCAACUCCUACUGCGUGUUUCCUCGUGAGCUGAAGGAAGUGUUUGCCUCGUGGAAGCAGCAGUGCGUCGCCCGCGGCCACCAGCAGGACAUCAGCAAGCGCCUCAUCAGCGCCUCGCUCUUCCUGCGCUUCCUCUGCCCCGCCAUCAUGUCGCCCUCGCUCUUCAACCUCAUGCAGGAGUAUCCCGACGACCGAACGUCCCGGACGCUCACGCUCAUCGCCAAAGUCAUCCAGAACCUCGCCAACUUCACCAAGUUUGGAAACAAGGAGGAGUACAUGGCCUUCAUGAACGACUUCCUGGAGCACGAAUGGGCGGGGAUGAUGCGUUUCCUGUCGGAGAUUUCCAACCCGGAGACGCUGACCAACACGCCGGGGUUCGAGGGCUACAUCGACCUCGGCCGCGAGCUGUCCGUGCUGCACGCUCUCCUGUGGGAGGUCGUCUCUCAGCUCGACAAGGGUGAAAAUUCCUUCCUGCAGGCCACCAUAGCGAAGCUGGGCCCGCUGCCGAGGAUUCUGGGAGAUAUCACUCGCUGCCUGGCCGCUCCAACGCCCGUCCAACAGCAGCUGCGGCGCUUCCAGGACCACAGCUCCGCCCACAACAUCAGCGGCAGCCUGUCGUCGGGAUUGCAACGAAUCUUUGAGGACCCCAGUGACAGCCGCAGCGAGGUUCGCAGUCUGCAGACACCAGUUCGGGGUCAGCGCCCCCUGUUGCCUCAGCAGCAUCCCUCCAACCACACCAGUUUCUCCGACCAGGAGGAGCGCGACACGCUGCUGCCCAACGGUCGCAGCAUCUCUCUGGUUGACCUGCAGGACGCUCAGAGCCUCCACGGCCACACGGGGCCCCCGCCACACCACGAGGCCCCGCCCCGCCUCAGCAGGGUUGGCUCGCAGGCCUCCGUCGGACAUGCCGUUGCCCCGGUUACCUACUCCCACUCCAACCCUCUCACACCUCAGCCGGCACCACACCAGGCAAAAGUCCCGCCCAGAGAUGGACAGCCACAGAGUGCUCCGCAGGUGAGGCGGCCGCUGCACGCCUCCGUCAGUCAGCAGCGCAGCCUGCAGCCGCUCUCGUUCCAGAAUCCCGUCUACCACCUAAGUAACCCCGCCCACAGUAUGACAACACGCUCCGCCCACUCGCUGCGGCAGGACUCCAGCUCUGAGAACCUGAGCACCGAGAGCUCCCACAACAGCCACAGCAACUCUGACGACUUCGGCAGCCAGGUGGGAGGCAAAGGUCGCGCGCCGUCCAACAGCAGCCUGGACGAGGUGGGCAGCAGGCGGAGCACGCAGAGCGAGGAGUGCUCUACGCCACGCCGCCAUGCCCUGCAAGACCUCCCACCCGGCACCGCCACAGCAGUCGCCAUCCCUCGUCAGAGCACAACAGCAGGCACCGCCCACAUCAUAAAGGUGGAGCAGCAGAGCAAAGGGGGCGGGGCAAGGACGCCACGGUCUGCUGCACACAGCGCCUCACUGCGCAGCAGCAGCAGCGCCAACACCGAGCCAACGCCCACCCCUGCCGCUGGCAUCAUCAACCGCCAACCAUCCACCUGCUCUGUGGAGAACGUGGCUCCGCCCCCAAAGAGCACCACCAAGCAGAUGCCACAGGUGGCGUCUCCAGUGGAGGCGGUGGCGGUGGCGGUGGCGAUGUCUCCGGUGGAGAGGACAGCGGCAUGGGUCCUCAACAACGGCCAGUACGAGGAGGAGGAGGGAGGGGAGAGGAGCAGGGAGGAGGGCAGGAACACAGAGAAGUACGAGCUGGAGAUCUCUCGGCUGAAGGAGCGCCUGCGCGUGUCCGGGCGGCGCCUCGAGGAGUACGAGCGGCGGCUGCUCGCUCAGGAGCAGCAGAUGCAGAAGCUGCUGCACGAGUACAAAAACCGGCUGGAGGACAGCGAGGAGCGACUGAGGAGGCAGCAGGAGGAGAAGGACACCCAGAUGAAGAGCAUCAUCUGCAGACUGAUGGCGGUGGAGGAGGAGCUACGGCGGGACCACGCAGAGAUGCAGGCAGUGAUUGAAGCCAAACAGAAGAUCAUCGACGCUCAGGAGAAAAGGAUCGGGUCCCUGGAUGCGGCGAACUCACGGCUGAUGGCGGCGCUGACGCAGGUGAAGGAGCGUUACAGCACGCCCAACCUUCGCAACGGCCUGUCGCCAAGCAACCCCACCAAGCUGUCAAUCACUGAGAACGGAGAGUUCAAGAACAGCAGCUGCUGAUUGGUCCUGCCCUGGGUGGGGGUGGGGUUUAAAGUAUAUAACUCCCCCACCCACGAGAUGAGCUGUGGACAUCAAAGAGAGAAUUUAAAGAUAUAGAAUCUAUUAACACGAGUGUAAAUACUGAUGUUUGAUCUGAUGUACAGAGUGUGUGUGUGUGUGUGUGUGUGUGUGUGUGUGUGUGUGUGUGUGUGUGUGUGUGUGUGAGAGAGAGCGAGUGUGAGUGUGAGUGUGAGUGUGUGUGUGUGUGUGUGUGUGUGUGUGUGUGUGUGUGUGUGUGUGAGAGAGAGCGAGUGUGAGUGUGAGAGUCACAGAAGCACAGCGAGGAAGAAAUAAACCAAAAACUGAAACGUUUUCUAAUCGAUUUUUUAUGAAUUUCUUUCGAAGCUUCUGUUUUUCGUUUCUGGUAGCGUGGAGUUCCCGUUGUUCUUGUUUGUUACCUGACGAGUUGUUUUGGGUUUUAAUUUAUUCCCCCUCGUUCUCGUCCUGUUGCUGAUCUACUGAACAGACUCCUGGAGGAUCAGGGUCAAAGGUCACGCCUGUCUGCUGUCCCUAUGUUGACAAUAAAGUCUACCUGAAAGUU